AUGAAGAAAGGUAUUGAUGAGAACUGGGCAGCUGCUCUUGAACACAAUCCUGAAGCUUUUGCAAGGGUGGUCAUGUUAUAUGUUGACAUGGAAGUCAAUGGUGUCCCUUUGAAGGCGUUCGUUGAUAGUGGUGCUCAGUCAACAAUCAUAUCUAAAAGCUGCGCUGAGCACUGUGGAUUGUUGAGGCAUAUGGAUCAACGUUAUAAGGGCAUUGCUCAUGGGGUUGGUCAAUCGGAGAUAUUAGGUCGGAUUCAUGUUGCUCCAAUCAAGGUUGGGAAUGUGUUUUACCCUUGUUCCUUCGUGGUUUUGGAUUCUCCUAAUAUGGAUUUCCUUUUUGGGCUGGAUAUGCUUCGUAAGCACCAGUGCAUAAUUGAUUUGAAGGAGAAUGUCUUGAGAGUUGGUGGAGGAGAGGUUUCAGUACCCUUUUUGCAAGAAAAAGACAUUCCAACUAAUUUUCUAGAUGAAGUUGCAAAGCAAGCCUCGAGCUCUGGAGCACAGGAGAUUGAAGGAUGUUACAAGUGAUUGGCUUUUCCCACUUUUUGCGGUUAUAUCAACCAUUUGCUUGGUGGA